AUGCAGAACAUUGAUCCACUAGAGUUCGCCAACAUGCUGGCCACCGAGCUGUGGUGCCAACAGUUGGCGAAUUUAGAGGGCCUCCAAUCGGGGGUCCCAACCCGCACCACGGCGACCAUCACGCCUACGCAGUUGCGCAACUUCGAACAGACUUACAUCGAGUUGAGCAACUGCCGCAGUGAACAGAGCAACCACGCGGGAUUCGUACCUCCAUCCGUCACGCAGGCCAACACUUACGGCAUCCUGAAUCCUGGGGGUUAUUGUGAUUCGGGCCCGACGACGCUGCAUGUGUCGCCGGGCCCACUCUCCGCCAGCGGCGACAGCAGCAGCAGCCCCGGUCUCCCGGCGCCCAAACGAAGGAACAUGGGAGGCAGACGACCAACCAAAGCCCCACAGGACAUCACGCCAGAGGAGGAAGAAAGAAGAAAGAUUCGCAGGGAACGAAACAAAAUGGCUGCCGCACGCUGUCGCAAGAGGAGGCUGGACCACACCAACGAACUCCAAGAAGAAACGGACAAGCUCGAAGAGAAAAAGCAAGCCCUGCAAGACGAAAUACGCAAACUCACAGCCGAUAGAGAACAGUUGCAGACGAUCCUACAUAACCAUAUGCCCAUCUGCCGGCUCAAUAAAAGGUCAACGAGCCCACCCGACGUUAAACCUUUUCAAGACCCUUACGAUUACCCUGAGAUGCCGGAAGACGGUGUCAGGGUUAAGGUGGAGGUGAUGGACCCCACGGUAGACCCCGUCCUAGGGAUGGACAGUGAUAUCUACGCCUCGCCGACGCCAGACAAAAGGAUAAUGCUGUCGGCGGCCAACCCGGCGGUGGUGACGGCCGCGUCCCUGGACACGCCGCCCGUGCGCCCCCCGCGCCCCACCUUCCUGCAAGUGCCGCAGACGCUAACGCCCGCGCAGAUACACAACAACAAAGCGUUAGGCAACAACAAUAAGAUCGCCGGUAUAGAAAUCAGUACGCCCAGCAACGGCAUUCCGUUUAACUUCGACAGCCUCAUGGAGGGCGGCACCGGGCUCACCCCCGUGCACCCUCACCCGCAUCCUCACGCGCACCCUCACCCUCACUCGCACGCGCACUGCGCGCAGCAGCAGCGCGCUGCACCCGACCUCGCCUCACCCGACGCACACAGCAGCCUCGUCAGCCUC